CGUGGGGUCGGACACGAGCUCCUGCGGUCACACGUGCUGUUCUCUGUUACCUCAGCGCCCGGCCGGCGCGGCGCACCUCCCCUUCCCUUUCCCUUUCCCCACCGGGCAGGCCCCGGAGGCUGCCGGCGCGGAGCUGGGCUAUGCGGCCCCCGGUGCAGCUGUGCGGCCCGGCCCGCGCCUCAUUAAGGCUGCACGUGGGGCGCCCGGCCCCGCCUGCCCGCCCCAGGAGAAAGAAAGUCCAGAGGGAAGCAGUGACUUAAAUGGAAACAUGGAAGCCAGAACAGAAUACUAUCUUGAAUCGCUUAUAACUGAUGUUUUUAAGGGAAAAGGAUUUCAGAAAAUAAGUGAGCUGUUUCAAGAAAAAGAAAUUUGUCCUCCUCAAAAAUUUAGUAAACAACUGUUUAAUCAACUUGACAAAGUGUUAAAAAAGGAGUUGGACAAGAAUGAAUUUCAAAAUGUAUCAGUGCUGUUGAAAUGCAUUCAGCUCUACUUUAAGAGUGAUCCACAAGAAGGUGCAAGCUUACUUAUUCAGCAGGGAUUGAUACCAAAGAUGGUAACUUGGUUUGAAAGAACAAGAGAAUUCCUAAUGCUCAUAGAGCCAGCCCAAAAUAAUUAUCUGAUGAAACUUGUUGAAGAUUUCUUUGACUCUGCAUUGGUGAUUUGCAAGUGUGACAAUGAAGGGAAGAAGCAAUUGCUGGAGUCAUUCUUACCUGAUCUAGGACAGCUAGUGACGGAAGGUAACAUAAGCUGUGCUGUCCGGCAGGAGGCUUUGAGAACUUUCAACUCUUUGCUGGACAGUGUACCACGGGAGGAAAGAAAAAAAAUCCCUUUAUCUGAAGAAAUGUGUGCACUUACGAAAGAUCUUGCAAAAACAAUUCUGGAAGUUGGUGAUUACGACCUUCAAGUUGCUCUUUCAGAAGCACUGUGUAGGUUGAUGACAAAGAAAUGGAGGGAUGACCUCGUUCACCACUGGUUUGAAGAUAAUUAUCUUGCUGAGGCUUUCAAGGAGAUAAAGGAUCGAGAAUUUGAGACGGACUGCAGAAAAUUUCUUAACCAACUAAAUGAAAGACUUGGGGAUAAAAGACGAGUAUAUUCAGUUCCUUGUGUAUUUGCUGUUGCUGACAUGGAUGAGGUAAAGAAACCAUCUGAUGAGAAACUGGAGGAAUUUUGGAUUGAUUUCAACCUUGGAAGUCAGAGUUUGACUUUCUAUAUAGAUAGCCCUGAGGGUGCUCUUUGGGAAUCUGUGCGCCUGUCAAAGGAGGCAGUUAGUAGUUACAGUGUUAAAGAGGUUGAUGGACAGAAGGAGGUGAAAAUUCUCAUGAAGCAUCCUGCUACAGUCCAUGGUAGAGAAGUAACAAAAAUCAAACUAGUUUUCACUACCCAGUUUGAUAUUCUAAGUGUGUUAAAAAAAAUUCUGGGAGAAGACAAAAUAAUGAUAAUUAUGGGUCAAGAGGAUCCUGUCAGUGAGGAGGCACAAACAAGACAAAAUGGAACAUUAACAACGUGUGAAUCCACUUACCUACAGCAGACCAAAGAUACUUCAAGCACUGAAAAAACAGACUCUUUAUCAGACAUCCUGGCAUCUCAAUAUAGCGAUCAGUCGGGGACCCUGCUUACACGGAUAACUAGUUCAAGUGUAAGUACAAGCACAGCAAGUCAACCAACUGAGAUGGGUGUUACUAACCAUGUGCAAGCUCCAGAGACUGAAGCAGUAGUUUCCUUAAUACCCUCUGCAAAGUUUAAAACUCCAUCCCCAAGAAUGAGUGAUAAACCCAGUGAGUUACCUGUGGCAGAAGAUCCUGAUAUUCAGGUUGUAAGAGAACUUUCUCCAAAGGAUGAUGCAUUGGAGAAGAAAAAACGAAGAACAAGCUUGGUCAAGCAAAUGAUAGAGCUGAAGGAGGAGUCUUACAAGUUUGAAACUUCAUCAGACCCUGGAAGUCAUGUAGAGGUAACUGAAGCAAAACAAAAAAUUCUUGGCCAAAGGGUUUAUGAAAAUGGAAGUGCAAAACGAGAAUCAGGGAAAGUUGGUAGAAGACUGUCUGAUUACAGGAAGCAUCUUUUCUCUGAAAGUAACCAUGACACUACAAGCAAUAGUCAGAGUGAAAAAAGCUGGAUCCUUGAUUCUCAGAAAAAACCAUUGCUGAAAGCUCAGGACUAUACCCGGAGAAGGCCAAGGCUCAGAAGUAAGUUGAAAGUGUUGCCAUUGUCGUCUGCAAGUAGUGGCAGUGAUUACCAGACAAAGAAAGUUGGAGUUUCCAGGCCGAGAGUACAUCAGGAUAUACUGAGGAAAGAAACUAAAUCCAGUACAGCAACACUUGAUUUGUCUGCAGUGAGAUCUCCUGGUGACUUAGAAACAGAAGAUCUUACACUACCAUUUAAUGAAUCUGUCCAUGGACAUUCUGACACUGGAGAGGGGAUGUCCCAGAAAUUUGAGAACAUGUCCAGUAAACUAGGACCAGAUCAUAAAAAAUACAGGAAUAAAAGAAAAGUCUCAGAUUUAUCACCUGGUGAUGUUUUAAGAAAGCCUAAGCUUAUGAAAUGGGAAACCAAUCUUUCCUCUCCUAGGGUUUCCAGUGAACCAAGGAACCUUUUUGUUACAGUGGAAAAGAAAAAAGAACCUCAAACAGGCCAGAAAACAGAUGAUUUGGAUGAUGUCUUUUACUCCAAGAUACUGGAUGAAGAUGUCAGUGACACUGGUGUUAUUGCUGCCUUUGAAAGCUUUACUAACCAACUAAAGAAGACAUUCUGGUCCAAAUACAAAAGAAUGGAGAUUUUAGCACAAAAUGCUUUGAAAACUUCUGAAAAGACAGUGUCAGCAUUAUUAAAUCAGAUACAUCAAUGCAGGCUGAAUAAACUGGAAAACUUCCAUAAGAUCGUCGUCCAAGAGCUUGCUACUCUUGAGGACGACGCUCAAACUUUAUCAGGCCUUGAGAAGGCCACUGUGGAUUUUUGGAAUAAGCAGUCCAUCAAACUGAGCUCUUUCUGUGACCACCAAAAGAAAAGAAUUCAGGCUAUGGAUUCAGUGCUGGAGGAAACUACAAAGAGUUUCAAAGACACUGUACAAAAUGCCAAGUAUGAAAACCUGGUGGAGAAGGUGGAAGAAAGUAGUAAGGUGGUCAUUGUUCCAUCUGACUAACAAAAUGCUGUGGAAUCAUACCGCAAACCAGUAUAUUAAGACUUCAACCACUGGAUAUAGGGUAUAUAGAUGAACAAUGGAUCUUGUGGAGAAUAUGCAAGAUAGCCUUUCUCAGUAUCUUUUCACUCUUAAAUAAAGGCAAUGCUAUUAUUGAGUUUUUUUUUAAAAAAACCUGAUCAUUCAAGCACCUUUUUGUUUUGUCCCUCCCUCCCCCCCCUCCCCAUCUCCUCCCUGCCAUUGACCACAAUCAGGAGAUACUGAGGUCUGGUGCAGUGUUAACUUGCAUCCAGAGUAAUUCUACUGACCAGCAUGGGAGAAACGAGAAUUGAAUAUUAUGGUUUAUAUGACAAAUUGAUGCUAUAUGACUUGCAGAAAGAAUGUUGUUAAUGAAUUUAAGAGAAUGUAGCCUGUAGCGAUUUGACUUCUGAGCAAACUAUCACUUCACUUCUGGCAACUAAUAUUCCCUUUGUAUCCAUCUUUAUAAAGAAGAGAAAAUGAUCUUCCUUAAAUAAAGAUUGCCAUCGUAGGCCCUGAAACCAGGCAUGAGCACCCUCCUAAAUAGAAACCACCAAGGCCCAAAUGGAAGGUCUAGAAGAUGCUGGACAGCUUGCUUGAGGCUACUUGCCAUUCUUUCUCCACUGUGCUCUGGGUUUCUAACCCUGGAGUCUACAUCUUCAAAGGAGUUAUUCAGUUGGGACCCAUGGUAGAGGUGAUAUCUUUCUUUUAUUAAACCAACUAGAUUUUUGCAACAAAAAAUCUUUAAUUGCAAGCUUUCAGGUGCAAACACCCUUCAGUUUACAAUUGAAGAUUUUUUUUUUUUUUGCAAAAGUCCUCUGCCCAGAGAAGCUUCCCAUCUAUUGACUCCUCUGUGAAAUAUGAAACACCAUAACCAGAAGGAAAUAUGACUACAUCCUGCUUACCACUAACAACUGCAAGGUAAACGGACUACUCCAACAUUUCUCUGAGCCUAAUCUGCAUAUAAAAAGAUGUUUUCCAAACAGGAGAUUUUACCACCUUCAACUCUCCUAUAAAAUAUGAACUUUCAUUUCUACUCAGGAGAACUUUUACCAUCUUCUCUCCUAAUGCAAGCUUUCAGGCGCAAACACCCUUCAAAUCAGGCAAUUAAAGACAUUUUUUGUUGGUCUAAUGAAAGAGAUCACCUCUACCACAAAUCUUGAUUGCUUUUUCCUUUAGACCAAUACAGCUACAACCUGGAUACCUAACAUUAUUCAGUCAGUGCAGUCAACUUGGAAGCUGUCAGCUCUAGAGAAGCUUGUACUUGUAUCAUAAGUGAGCUUACCCUGGCGAAAGAUAAACUAGCCUGAAAAGGACCCUUACAUUCUGUUUGCUUCCAAGUGAAGCUUGCCUUACUCGGAAUUCCUGCUGAAUGGAGGUUGUUAUAUUAUAGCUGCCCUUUACAGAGAAACUGCAUGUGGUAUUCCAGCUGCAAUACUGGCACACAGUAUACUUUCACUAUCUUAAUUGAUUUUUCUGGGAAUGUAGCAAAUUUGCAAGUUUCCCAAUCUCUUCAUGUCUUUCAAAGUUGUGCAGCACUAAGACAACCCUUGAAAACCAAGAUGACCUGCUCUCUCGCAACCUUUCUGUCCCUAGGACCAGCUAAGGUUUGGGAAGGAAAGGAACCUUCUUAAAUACUUUUAAGAAUACUACUUAAAACCACUCCUUAGAAACCUAGGCAGUACAAGCAUUGUUCGGUGCAAGCAAUGGAACAAAAGCCCUGAUAACAGCAGGUGGGAUGGUUUUCCAACCAGCGGAAAGCAGGAGUUGGCUGGGGAUGGGAGGAGACAUCAAUUUUUUUCUUGGGUGUUUUUUUGUGUGCAUUUUACUAACAAAUAGUCUGUGUGAUGAAUAGCAUUGUACUCUUCUGGACCUUUAAUUGUUCACACCUUCUCAUGAUUUCAUGUUGCAAUAUUUUUACCCUGCAAAUUGGUAGUCUAUUAAUUACCUUUUGAGCAGUUGAAAUGUGGAUUAUUUUAUUUUAUUUGAGGACAUCUGGUACCCUAGAAUUUGUCUUAUUUCAUACAGCUCAACUGCAGAGACUGUUUUUAAAUACUGGUAUUAGACUUGAACACAGAAACCUUAUCUGCUUAGGGUUCUAGCCAGCAUUUUUAACCUAGGUGGAGGAACAGACUCUCGAAUCCCUGCUUCUCCUGACACUUUUUAAAUAACAAAGAAGUCUUGGUAAUGGGUUACCUUUAAACAUGCCUUCUAGAUGCUUUUUUAACGCUUGAUUUGUGGCCUGAACAGUAUUUAAAUUGGAAUUUGACACAGUUGUCAUGGCAAGUUACCAAUUGUUGGAAAUAAAUUAAGUGUACAAAGGUCAAACUUUACAAAACUGAUUCUGGAUAUUGUAAGGACUCGAAUAUUUCCUUGUAAUUAAGGCAAAUUCAUAACAAACUGCCAAUGACCUCUUUCAUCAUACAACUUGACUCCAGGGAGCCAGACUAUUCCUGACUAUGAAUAUCAUGCAGUAUAGCAACAAAGGAUGG